AUGCUGAAAUUCGCGCGGUGGCAUUUUUUCUCUAGAGCUGCAGCUGUCGCCUCAGAUAGUCAGAUCAGACAACCUUUCUUCACCAACAACACAACAUAUCUCCUUUUUUCACCAACUCCAAGUGGACCUUCACAAGCCACCGCCGUCCAUCUACAACAGCCACCACCGUCGACCUCUAGCAGCCACCGCCGUCGACCUAUAGCAGCCACCGCCGUCGACCUCCAGCAACCACCGCCUGCAACCUCCAGCAGCGCCACAGCCCGCAACCUCUGCCAUCUCAUUUGCCGCUUCAGCUAUGGUUUGAUAGGGAAGGCUUGCCGGCGACCUCCAGUGGCGACCACCAGCUGCGAAGAGUCGAAGACGUCCAGUGCGUCGACCUCCCUCCAGCUGCAACUUCCACCGGCGUCCCCUGCUCAUCAGUGUCCUCAACAACCGGGUGGUGUUGAGUGUGGAUACUAUACUAUGAAGUAUAUGCAUGAACUAUGCACAAAAUAUUCCACGUUCACUUCUUUGGAUGAGGGUUUUCAAGAGACUAUGGCAUACUCCAUAGAAGAAAUUGAUGAGAUUUGCGAAACAUGGGCCAAGUAUUUUUAUAAUGAAUGUGUAUAA